AUGAGGGGAGGUGGCAGAAGGAGAAAGCUGCGUUUCAGCAAGAUCUAUUCUUUCACUUGUGGUAAAUCUUCUUUGAGGGAUGAACAUUCACAGAUUGGGGGACCAGGAUUUUCCAGAGUGGUUUACUGCAAUGACCCAGAUUGUUUUGAUGCUGAGAUUCGCAAUUAUGGAGACAAUUAUGUCAGUACUACAAAGUAUACACUUGCUACUUUCUUGCCAAAAUCUUUGUUUGAGCAGUUCAGGAGGGUGGCCAACUUCUACUUUUUAGUCACUGGAAUUUUAGCCUUCACUCCUCUGGCUCCAUAUUCGGCUGUCAGUGCCAUCAUCCCUCUUAUUAUCGUCAUUGGGGCGACCAUGGUGAAAGAGGGUAUCGAAGAUUGGCGUCGAAAACAGCAGGACAUUGAGGUGAACAAUAGAAAAGUUAAAGUACAUAAAGGUAACGGGGCUUUUGAUUAUACUCCUUGGAAGAAUCUGAGAGUGGGAGAUAUAGUGAAAGUAGAAAAGGAUGAAUUCUUUCCAACGGACCUCCUCUUGCUUUCAUCUAGUUAUGAUGAUGCAAUCUGCUAUGUUGAGACCAUGAACCUUGACGGGGAGACAAAUUUAAAGUUAAAACAAGCAUUGGAGGUAACUUCAUCCUUACAUGAGGACUCUAACUUGUGCGAUUUUAACGCGGUUGUUAAAUGUGAAGACCCGAAUGCAAAUUUGUACUCAUUUGUUGGAACUAUGGAGUUUGAAAAGCAACAGUUUCCCCUCUCUCCUCAACAGCUUCUCCUCAGAGACUCUAAACUCCGAAAUACCGACUACAUAUAUGGAGUUGUUAUCUUCACUGGUCUCGACACAAAGGUUAUUCAAAAUUCUACUGAUCCCCCUUCAAAAAGAAGCAGAAUUGAGAAGAAGAUGGAUAAAAUUAUCUACUUUUUGUUCUUUGUUUUAUUUACCAUGGCAAUGGUUGGAUCUAUUUUCUUUGGGAUUGCAACCGAAGGUGACUUGAACAAUGGGAUCAUGAAAAGGUGGUAUCUCAGGCCAGAUGAUUCUACAAUUUUCUUUGAUGCUAAAAAAGCUCCAUAUGCAGCAGUUUACCACUUUUUGACUGCCCUGAUGCUAUUUAGCAACUUUAUCCCCAUCUCCUUGUAUGUGUCAAUAGAAAUUGUGAAAGUUCUUCAGAGCAUCUUCAUCAAUCGAGAUAUUCACAUGUACUAUGAGGAAGCUGACAAACCAGCACAUGCCCGUACCUCAAACUUGAAUGAGGAACUCGGCCAAGUUGACACAAUUCUCUCAGAUAAAACUGGAACUUUGACUUGCAAUUCAAUGGAGUUCAUUAAGUGUUCUGUGGCAGGGACAGCUUAUGGCCGAGGUUAUACAGAGGUUGAGAGGGCUAUGGGUAGGCGAAAUGGUUCGCCAUUGGUUCAUGAAAAUAUGAACAGAGAGGCCAACGUCAAGGAUUCUCCUGAUACAAAGCCACCCAUUAAAGGCUUCAAUUUUAAAGAUGAAAGGAUUAUGAAUGGAAAUUGGAUUAAUGAGCCACAUGCAGAAUACAUCCAGAAGUUUUUCAGUUUAUUAGCAAUCUGUCAUACAGCCAUUCCGGAAGUUGAUGACGAUACUGGGAAGGUUUUGUAUGAGGCUGAAUCUCCUGAUGAAGCAGCAUUUGUGAUUGCAGCAAGAGAACUUGGUUUUGAAUUCUACAAAAGGACGCAAACAAGCAUAUCACUGCGAGAGUUGGAUCCAGUGUCUGGCAAGAUAGUUGAGAGGUCAUAUACACUUCUGAAUGUUUUAGAGUUCAACAGCACAAGGAAGCGAAUGUCUGUGAUUAUAAGAAAUGAGGAAGGAAAAGUACUAUUGCUUUGUAAAGGUGCUGACAAUGUCAUGUUUGAGAGGCUUGCCAAAAAUGGUACGGGGUUUGAAGAAGAGACCAUGGAGCAUUUAAAUGAGUAUGCUGAUGCAGGGCUGAGGACCUUGAUACUUGCCUAUCGUGAACUUGAGGAAGAUGAAUACAGAGAAUUCAAUGAAAAAUUUAUCAAGGCCAAGAAUUCAAUUAGUGCAGAUCGCGAAACAUUGAUUGAUGAAGUAACAGAUAUGAUUGAGAGAGAUCUAAUUCUUCUUGGUGCAACUGCUGUUGAGGACAAACUCCAAAAUGGGGUUCCUGAUUGCAUUGACAAGCUUGCCCAAGCAGGAAUUAAGAUUUGGGUUUUGACUGGAGACAAGAUGGAGACUGCCAUCAAUAUUGGGUUUGCCUGUAGCUUGCUUAGACAGGGAAUGAAGCAAAUUAUAAUCAAUUUGGAGUCUCCUGAAAUCCAAGCGUUGGAAAAGACAGGAGACAAAGAACCCAUCGCCAUGGCAUCAAAAGGAAGUGUUCUCCGUCAGAUAACUAGGGGAAAGGCUCAGCUUAAAGCAUCAGGCGGGGCCUCUGAGGCAUUUGCAUUGAUCAUUGAUGGAAAAUCCCUUGCCUACGCUCUGGAGGAUGAUAUAAAGAAAAUGUUUCUAGAUCUUGCGAUUGGCUGUGCAUCUGUUAUUUGCUGCCGUUCAUCACCAAAACAGAAGGCAUUGGUCACUAGACUGGUCAAAUCUGGAACCGGGAAAACGACACUAGCUAUUGGUGAUGGAGCCAAUGAUGUGGGAAUGCUCCAAGAAGCAGAUAUUGGGAUUGGAAUUAGUGGUGUUGAAGGAAUGCAGGCGGUCAUGUCAAGUGAUAUUGCCAUUGCACAAUUUCGAUAUUUGGAGCGUCUGCUGCUUGUGCAUGGGCAUUGGUGUUACAGAAGGAUCUCAUCAAUGAUUUGCUACUUCUUCUACAAGAACAUCGCAUUUGGUUUUACUCUCUUCUUAUACGAGGCGCACACGUCCUUCUCUGGACUGCCCGCAUACAAUGACUGGUUUUUGUCACUGUACAAUGUAUUCUUCUCAUCAUUUCCGGUGGUCGCUAUGGGAGUUUUUGACCAGGAUGUAUCUGCCCGGUUUUGUCUCAAGUUUCCUCUGUUAUACCAAGAAGGGGUGCAAAAUGUUCUCUUCAGCUGGCGUAGAAUACUCGGAUGGAUGCUGAAUGGUGUUACAACUGCCGUGAUUAUUUUCUUCUUCUGCACGAAAGCGCUAGAACACCAGGCCUUCAACAAUGAAGGGAAAACUGUAGGGAGGGACAUUCUUGGAGCAAUAAUGUAUACAUGCACAGUUUGGGUUGUGAACUUGCAGAUGGCACUUUCCAUCAGUUACUUCACCUUGAUACAGCACCUUUUCAUAUGGGGCUCAGUUGCAUUAUGGUAUCUUUUUCUCUUGGCAUAUGGAGCCAUGUCACCCUCAGUCUCCACCACUGCAUACAAG